AAUGCGGAAGUGUCAUCCAGUCUCUCAUCCAUGGAUUUACUGAGCUGAAUGUUUUCCAGUCUGAACAUCACGAGAAGAACCAAAGAAACAUGGAAACACGUUCUCCUCUGUGUCACCUCUGAUGGGAACCUGAGUCAGAACCUGUGGUAACGCGUUGUUAGAUCAUGAGCUCAGAGCUUCCCCACCCAUCUGCAACUAUGACGACCAUCGUCCAUGAUACUACAGAGGCCUUGUGCCUCUCUACUGAAUACAACCUGUACCUCAAGCCCAUUGCCAAAAUUACAGUCAGUGUGGCACUGCCCCAGCUUAAGCUUCCAGGCAAGAGCAUCUCCAACUGGGAGGUAAUGGAGAGAGUGAAGGCGAUGGUGGCUCCGGAGCAGUUUUCAGCGCUCCGUAUUUCCAAGAGCACCAUGGACUUCAUCCGCUUUGAGGGAGAGGUGGAGAACAAGACGGUGGUCAAGAGCCUGUUAAGCCGUCUGGAUGUGAAGUGCAUCAAACUCAGUGGAUUUACUGAUGUACUGAAGGUUCGCGCAUUGGAGAAUAAGGUCGACUUCCCCACACGUCACGACUGGGAUUCAUUUUUCCGCGACGCCAAGGACAUGAAUGAGACGCUGCCGGGAGAGAGACCUGACACUAUCCACCUGGAGGGGCUUCCUUGCCGCUGGUUCAACCAGAAGGACAGUCAGUUUCCCGACCGGCCCUCUGAAGAGGUCCUCAUUUCUGUCUUCGAGACUUUUGGCAAGGUGCGACAUGUUGACAUCCCGAUGCUGGACCCAUACAGAGAGGAAAUGCUGGACAAGAACUUCAAUACAUUCAGCUUUGGGGGUCAUCUGAACUUCAUGGCUUACGUCCAGUACCAGGAAUAUUGCGGCUUCACCAAGGCCAUGGACACUCUGCGCGGCAUGAAGCUGAUGCUCAAAGGAGACGAUGGAAAGGCAGUGGCUUGUAACAUCAAGGUGACCUUCGACACCAGCAAGCACCUGAGUGAGUUAGCUCUGAAGAGGAGAAGCCUGGAGAGGAUGAAGCUACAGGAGCUGGAGCGGCAGAGAGAGGAGCAGAAACGACGGGAGAAGGAAGAGGAGGAGCGUCGUAAGGAGGAGGAGAGGAAACACAAGGAGCAGGAAGAAGAGGAGAAGGAGAAGAGGAAGGAGGAGAGGCUGCGGAAGCGAGAGCAGAAGCUUCGGGAGAAGGAGCAGAAGCGGAACCUGAAGCGGAUGAGGCGUCAGCAGGAGGAGGAGCAGAAGAAGCUGCAGAUGAAGAUUGCGAUGGAGGAGAGGAGGCUCCUGCUGGCUCAGCGCAACCUGGAAUCUAUACGGCUUAUUGCUGAGUUGCUGGCCAAGGCCAAGGCCCUGAAGCAGCAGCAGCAGGAGAAAGAGAGGGCUGAACGCGAGGAACAGGAAAGGCAGGAGCAGGCUCAGCAGAAGGAGGAAUUAGCCCGACUUCAGAAGCUGGAAGCGUGCAGACGCAAGCAAGAGGAUGAGCUUCGAAGGGUGGAGGUGGAGAAGCAGCGAGCACUGGAGCUCCAGCGUCGAGAGAAGGAGCUAAGGGAGAAACUGCUUUGCAACAUGUUGAAGAAGAGCAAUGACAGAACCACUAAACCUCCAGGCACGCAGGACCAGGCCGACCCUGUACCGACAGAGGAGGUCUCUGCUCCUGGCGGCACUGAUGUCAUGUUGGGGGCUCUGGAGCGGGUGAACGGAGGAAAGGCAGCUGAGAGCAAAGAGAAACAUGUGUCCAAAUCAAAUGUGCACGCCCAUGUUUUAGGGAAAAACAGAGCAAUGCGGGAGAAGAGAGGAGCGCAGGACAAGAAGAAGAAGGGCCGGGAGGGAAAGAAGAAGAAGGAGGAGUUGGCGAGGAGCAGGAACGGCAGGGAGCGAGCGAGGGACCAGGACCAGGACAACUCCCACAGAGAGAGGAGUUCCCGUAGCGGGGAGAGGAGGAGGAGGCGCUCCCACAGCAAUAGCAGAAGGAGGAGAAGCUCCAGUCGCCACAGGAGGAGCUCCAGUCGCCAAAAGAGGAGCUACAGUCACCACGGCAGUAGGAAGCGCAGCCAUAGCAGCAGGAGCACAAGCUCGAGUGGAGACAGGAGCAGGAGCAGUAGUGGGAGGAGUUACAGCAAGGGGAGGAGCCACAGACACAGUCACCGUAGAAACAGCCGAGCCGGCUCAAGGGGCAGCAACACAAGUAAAGACGGGAGGAGUCACAGUCAUAACAGUCGAAGAUACAGGAGACACAGCAACAGUAGAGACAGGAGCCAUUCCAGACGACGCUAAACUCAGCGGCGUCGUCUGUGUCUUUGAUAUUUUUAGAUAUUUUUGGUCCGUAAGUUAAGCAAUGUGGUUCUGCACCAGAUAGCGAAAGGACAAAUUCGAUAAGUCAAAGAGAAUCAUGUAUGUAUACCAUAUACAAUGGGGCGCAGAAAUGUUCGGCCACUUGGAAGACUUUCGGGCCCCAUUGUAUGUGAAAGGCAUGGAAGAUGCAAGUCAGUCUACGUAGCUGCUUUUAUUGUUUUAGUAAUUUUUUUCUCCACAUUUCAUGUUGUUGCAGACCAUUUAAUUUGUUCAGAUAUUCAGAAUUUAAACGUCAGGUUAGUUAGUUGUUUCUGAAACACUUUUUAUCUUCAUGUCCGAAUAGCCAUCAAACCAUGCAGUUGUCCAAAAAGGGAAAAAAAAGGUGUCUGUGGCCCUCACAGGACAAUUCAACAUGACCAAUCAUUUUACUUGGACCGAAUGAAAUGAUUGGCUGGAGAACCUCUGCGUCACAAACCAACCUGCAUGCCUGUACCAUGACCGCACUCUUCAGCCGGAGAGACGUACACCACUGGAGCAGAGAGUCACAGAAAAGUUAGCUUCUAGCAUUUGUCCGGCAGUUGCAUGUUCAUAUGUUUAUGGGGCACCGCUUUGAUGAGCAGGUCGAUCGGGGGGGUGGAUGUAUCGGUUGCAUUUUUCUUCUCUUACUACUUUUUCCAGGAUAAACCAACCUGAGGUUUAAUUACAUAAAAAAGCCAGUUUUACUUUCUGGUUUCAUGAGAAUGUUGCUCUUCGCGGAGUGUGAAAGUUUUUGUGUUAUUCAUCAGUCAUUUGUUGUGAAGUACACGAAAACUCAACUCUUAAAAUUCGGUUCAGAUUUAGUGAUCCUCCAUACACACCAAUAACCUUUUUAUAUCUCCAGUUUUGUGCAUGUAUAACUUAGCUAGAGAGUUUCUUGAAGACAGAAUGAAGCACCUGAUCUGCCAUUGGUGUGGAAGACUUAACUGAAGGACACUGAUGAAUAGCAGCUUCUUAAUUACAAGUGUGACGGUUCCAACAGGCUGAAAGACUCGUACCUCUGUGAUGAAGUCAACUGAUCUACUGAUGUUAUUGCGACGCGUUCAGCUGUUUUCGGCUUCAGUAGUGGCGAUGUUGCUGUUGAGCAGCUCGACAAAAACACACAACUACAACCCUGGACAGUAUUUUUUUGAUGAUCACGUGAUUUCAAUUAAAAAAAGACUGAUUUUCUCAGUUUUGUUUUUAAUUUGUAAAUGUUUGUAAGAGUUUAUUUGAAAGGAAAGAGUGAGGAGUCUGUCUGAAAUCCCUCCCUAUUUAACAUAUUGUGCUCCACCCCCUAUUGCCCUCUGACAUUUUGAGUGUCCACAUUAUGUGUGGGUAAGGCUACAUCCACAUUACUCGGCCCUAGCUUUAAAACAUCACUCUUGCCACUUUGGGGCUGCGUUGUAGUCUGGACGCACAAAAAUGGAGACAACGCUGUUUUUGCGUGAAUGGUCACGUGUUCGUACGGACAGGGAUCAUUUUAGUUUUAAAAGCCUGUUUUUAAAAGGAAACAUCAUUAUGCCAGUAGCCUACAUGUAUCCUCUAAAAGUAGUGAACGGUUGAGUGUCCAUUAUGAGGAGGGAAUUUCAGACACAGCUUUUAAUUUUUAUCUUAAUAAUUAACCUGACUCAGGAAGCAGUGCACUCCCUCUUUCCUUGGUCAAAUAUCUUUAAUGCAAGUGCUCCAUUUGACUUUUUCUUUUGUUUUUUUAAGGUUCAGAACAAAGUUUUUUUUAAUUUAAUUUUGUUUUAGAAAACCAGCCUCUGGGAUUCAGGUCAAACCAGCUCAGUACAAAUGAGAUGUUAGGAUGUAACUCCUGCUCUCAUGCUCACGUUCUAAUACUGGAUACGGUUCUUUAGCUCUAGUCGCUGUACAGACUUUUCUUGAAACUGGAUUUGAGGCCGGGAGAAGUCAGUCUCACUUUUAUUACAUUACAUUACGAGAAGUCAGUCUCACUUUUGAUGACAUUUGUACUUUGACAUAGUGACUUGUGAUAGAAAAGCCCAAUUGUUCUGUGUAUAUGCUCAUGAGCCACUACAGAAUGUCUUGCAUACAUGUGGUUAUAAUAAAAAAUCCAACCUGA